UUUCGCGAACACGAUGAUCAUGUUUGAUAAAUUCAGGCUUAGAUCAUCUGCUUCCUGCAAGAAUUAUGUUCACGAGAAUCUGUUCGUAUAUAUUGUUUUUAAAACAAGAAAAUAUAAUAUAAACUAAAGGGUUUGCUCUACAACAGUACACUUUUAUGACUAGGAUCAAUUAUCCAUUUAACUUUUUUAAAGUACAGUGUCAGAAACCAUGAUGCCGAGGGAUCACAUAAUCACUUGCUACUUUCGAACAUGAAGAUGCGUCUCUUGCUGCAUAAUGUCUACUAAAAAGGAGCUUCUAAAAAAAUAUUUCCUGGUUAGACUGGUGUCUGGGAUGAGGAAGUUUCCCUUUAGCGACACUAAUGUCAAGGUCAUCUAUCUGACACGUGCUUCCGAUAUUGAUGUUUUGAGAUGAGGGUAAGCAUGGAUUUCAUGUCUUAUAAACAAGCUUUGCAGCUUUGUAAUGAUCCCAGGGCAGGACUUGCUAUUAUAUCUGGAGAGCAGUUGAUCUCACUGCCUCCGAAAUACCUGGAUUGCAUUGGACAAGGAGUUAAAGAACAGCUUGAUGAAAUGAAGGGAUUUUAUUCGGAAAGACUUUUAGGAGCAUUGAUUGCCUAUAGCAACAUAAAGAUUUUAGGUGACAAAGGAAUACUAUUGGAUGAUUCUCCUUAUAUUCAUUUGAAGAUCCAGGCCGACUUUAUUGUCUUUCAGCCUCGUGUUGGAUCACGAUUGAGAGGCUGUGUAAAUAAAACUAGCAAAGCUCAUGUUGGUAUUCUUGUGCACAACUUCUUCAAUGCCUCGGUAGCACACGAUCAAGAUGGACACGUUGAAGAGACAGUUUCAAAGGACGAGGAUUGUGAAUUUACUGUGACAGAACUCUUUCUACAUCGCAACCACCUGUCCCUAAGAGGAAAGAAUAUUCAAAGGCUGUGACAGCUCUGGAUAUUUGCAAAGAUAAAUUAGAUUCUCUGCGUAGUUUCGUCCACAUUGCUAGCAAUUUCAAAUUUUAUUGAUCUAAUAUUUUUUGACAAAAAUUUAAGCAAUGCAUUCAUUCUGUCAUUUGUGAGUGGUGUGAGAUUAUUGCAGAUGUCUUGGGUGAUUUGACCAGCUUGUUCAAACAAAACAAAUAUGCCAAAUUGUCAGUCUGGUGCACCUGUGUUGAUGCAAAAGUUGUGUGGCUGCAUCAACAUGUUGUGUACGUAUCAGGCUGCAUGUGUGGAAUGAGCGACAUUGUAAGUUUAUUGUUCAAAUUUUGUAUAAAAAAAAUUAAUUUCUGGAAAGCGGUGGCUGGAAAGCAUAAAUAACUAAUAUCAACCAGCUUUUCACUUCCUAUCUAGACAUAGCAGCUGUUUUAAUGAGUUAUGUGUGGAAAGUGAGUGGAGCUGUGCCUUUCUAGCAAGGUUCAGCAAGAAUACAUUUUUCAAAUAGUUGGAAAUUGGUUUUGCAAGAAUUUUAAUUCGAGACACAAAACGAGGUACAGUUUUGGGUAGUAAGAGACAACAGCUACAUAGGACUGCUGGACCAAGCCUGUGAGACUUGCCUAAAUAUUCCCUCAGAGGGGGCACCUACUUUGUGCAGACCAUGAACAUCAACCCUCAGAGGUGUUUUUUUUUUUUGGUGGAAUAUGUGUGAUUAGAGGGCAUCAUUAACCCUUCAAGAGCCCUUUGUCAAGAUGUAGAGUCGAAACUGAUGGUGUCAAAGCUUUUUUAACUGUCUUCAGUUUAAUGAGCAGGGCUGUGUUGAUGAAUCUUUAAUGACUGUAGUUACUUUCUAAGUACAUGUUCAUUUUUUUAAAUGGCUGUUUAUUCCCAUAAAGAAACUCUACAUAUUUAUAACUGUUUUUGGUCAAGAAUAAAUGACUUUUGUUUGUAUGAUUAGUGGCAUGUAUUGUGAAUUCUUAGUUGCAGUGAUUGCUGUUCUUUUGGGUAUGUGGGAAAAAUAUACUUUUAUUUUGGAUUAGAAAUUAGUUAAUGAAUUGGCUAUUUUUUUGGGGGGAGGGGUGCUUUUUGAGUAUAUUUGUGUUGUACAUAUAUUAAAGUAGCCAGGAAUUGCA